UCUCAGAACUUUUCGUUUUCAAGAACCCUAAAAACCCUAAUCGAACGUUUCGUCAGAAACUCUUAAGCUUUCGGAUAAUUUCACAGAGGAGAAGAAGAAGAUGUUGGAGCUUCGUUUGGUUCAAGGUUCUCUACUGAAGAAGGUUCUUGAAGCGGUUAAGGAUCUGGUGAACGAUGCGAACUUCGACUGUUCCAGCACAGGGUUCUCGCUCCAGGCCAUGGACUCGAGCCACGUCGCGUUGGUGUCUCUUCUGCUUAGAUCUGAAGGUUUCGAGCACUACAGGUGCGAUAGGAACAUCUCUAUGGGUAUGAAUCUUGGUAACAUGUCCAAGAUGCUGAAAUGUGCUGGGAAUGAUGAUAUCAUCACCAUCAAGGCCGAUGAUGGUAGCGACACUGUCACUUUCAUGUUUGAAAGCCCCACGCAAGACAAGAUUGCUGACUUUGAGAUGAAGCUGAUGGAUAUCGACAGUGAGCAUUUGGGAAUUCCUGACGCUGAGUACCACUCAAUUGUGAGAAUGCCGUCUGGUGAAUUUUCCAGGAUAUGCAAAGAUCUCAGUAGCAUUGGUGAUACAGUUGUGAUCUCUGUGACAAAAGAAGGGGUGAAGUUUUCAACAGCAGGUGAUAUCGGGACAGCAAACAUUGUGCUCAGGCAGAAUACUACUGUCGACAAACCUGAAGAUGCUAUUGUGAUAGAGAUGAACGAGCCUGUUUCACUUUCAUUUGCAUUGAGGUACAUGAAUUCCUUCACAAAGGCUACUCCAUUGUCGGAAAUUGUGACGAUCAGUUUGUCCUCUGAGUUACCGGUUGUGGUGGAGUACAAGGUGGCUGAGAUGGGUUACAUUCGAUACUAUCUGGCACCUAAGAUUGAAGAAGAAGAAGACACUAAACCCUAAGAAUGAUGAAUGUUUCUUAGUUUGUAUUUGAGUCCUUUGUUGAAAAGUCUGUCUUGAUUCAGCUGUUUUCUGGAUUUACUAUGUUAAGGCAACGCUCAAUUAGUUAAUCUGAUGACAAAGUUUGUGUUUUUGCAA